AGCACUGCUGUUCAGUUGCCUGUGCUGAAGCUUGGAAUAAACUUUAGGGACGAGUUGAAAAGACUGCAAGUCAAGUUCAUACGACAAUCAUAAUAUUUGAGCAGACUUUUUGACGUAUUUUCAUAAAGAAAUAAACUGUGGCUAUUAAAUCUGAGUUUUUAUUAUGACAACAAUGGACAUACGAACUGUUUAGUCGUCAGUGAAUAACGUGAACAAAUUUUCUUUUGUGGUUGUAUGGACUGGAAUAAAUUGUCAAGAGCAAUACAAUGUGUGAGUCAAUGAUUCACGGAAAUUGGGAAUGUGGUCUGAUGGGCGGUGUUCGAGGAUGGUAUAUGGACUUGUGAAUAAUUCCAGAAGUCCUGUGAUCACUGCAUUUGACGGUGUGAUGUCCAAUGCCGCCCGUAAGAAAAGUAAUUCCGACUGGGAGCUGACUACUAUGGAGAGGCGGUAUUCUGUUCCUCCGCCGUCAAACGCUGCCCCUGGCCCAGGUACGGGCCCUCAUGAUCCACAUCAUCCCAGAGGACAACCACCCAUCAAUCCUGUCGGUGGACCUUCGGCAUCCGAGGAUCUCCACGCAUGGUCUAUCUAUAGGCAAAAUCUGAACUCUGAUUUCACAGACUCAGCACUUGGUUCAAGUGAGAAGUCUCCUCUUCCAUAUGGCAAUUUUCAGCUCAGAGAGUCCACUGUCCAGUCUAUACUCAGUCAUCCUCGGUAUGGACCAAAGUCAGCACUCGGUGCAAACAUGUAUACGUACCUCAAAUUUGGCUUGCCGAGAGUGUUUCCUCCGUCAAGAGGACCCAGAGAUGGGUCCAGUGGCUAUGAUUCUAGUGAUGAUGGGUCUCCAUACCUGCACAGGCAAGGUCGUAAUUAUCUUCGGUCACGCAGCGAUCCCGAUUUUAGGAACCAGCCCCUGCAUCGACCUUAUUCAGGUCAUGGGCCAAGAGCAGGUCCUCCAGUCGCAGUUGGUGUACCACGAGGAGAUGGUUGGGUAAGAACCAAGAGCAACAGUGAAGCCAACCUCCUGUCUGCGCAGGAAGCUGCGUACUUCAGACACCAACAGGAGCAACACCGCAGAAGUGUUCAUGACCUUCGAGCUCUCCCAUAUUCUGAAAUGGAAGGGGUGGUUGGUUCACAUCGUAGAAUGUCUAAGGCUGGUUCACAUACAAGUCUGACACGUAACCGACAAAGUUCGUCAGUGCACCACGGUGGAGUACCUGCCACGCCCAGAGAUGAAGCAGCAGCAGCAGCAGCCAUGACUCUUAAUAGUCGGCUAGGUCCUGUUGCAGAGGCGUCCAUGUUGCCAAGAGAAACUUAUUAUGGAGAACAUAUUGACACUUCAUUCAAAAACCCACAUUUACAGGUUCGUGGACUUGAAGUAGAGUCUCAUUCAAGAAGACACCUGCUUCUCCUGCAGGGAGUUUCAUUUGAAGUGCAUGGUGGUGAUAUUAUGGCUGUUAUGGCAACAGCAGAAGAAGAAGGCACAGGGCUUCUAGAUGCACUUGCUGGUUGCUCAUCUAACAUUCGCAAACAGCGCGGAGCUGUCCUGCUUAAUGGUCAGUCUGUUUCAUCCAGUCAACUGAGUGACAGAGUGGCUUAUGUGCAAUGUGACAGUCAUUUGUCUCCAGACCUCAGUGUCAGACAAACUCUCAGUCUUCACCACUGGCUCCGUCAUUCCAGUGGUCAUCACAGGAAGCUCAGUACUAAGGAUAGGAUUGAUUCUUUAAUAGAAGAUGUAGGACUAGAUCAGGUUCGUCACACAAAAGUCUCUGGACUAACGACAUCUGAGAAACGUCGUUUGAAUGUAGCAUGUCACCUGCUCCUUGAUACUGAUAUAGUAGUUUUGGAUCAGCCUACCAGAGGGAUGGAUAUUUUUGACACAUUCUUUCUAGUUGAGUUUCUGCGACAGUGGGCUGCUACUGCUGGGAGCAGUGGUCCACCUUCUAUUACACCAAGUGGUGUGACUGGAGGGAGAAUAGUGAUUUUGACUAUCCAUCCUCCGACUUAUGAGAUAUUUACGAUGUUGUCGCAUGUGGCACUAGUCUCUGCGGGUCGACUGAUGUUCAGUGGUCGCAGACGUGAGAUGCUGCCAUAUUUUGCCAUGGUGGAUUAUCCUUGCCCAGCCUACAAGAACCCAUCUGAUUACUAUUUGGAUCUAGUUACGUUGGACGACCUUUCAGCUGAAGCAAUGCUUGAAUCAAGUCAGAGAAUAGAGCAGCUUGCUGAAACAUUUAACCAAGUUCAGGAACCGUUGGCUGAACCUGGACCACCUAUCGCAUUGCCACCAAAACUCAGACAAGCAAACUGCGUCACACAGUGUUUUGUUCUAAUUAUGCGAGCAUUAAUCUUAACUCAGCCAAUUAGCUUAGUCCACUGGCUCAAUCAACUCCUGUUAGCUGCCCUCAUGUCACUUAUCAUUGGUGCUAUCUGGUGGGAUGUUCCUGGCUCUGAUCCUCAGCUAAUCUACAGUGAUCGGCCCGGUUUUCAUUAUGUAAUGGCUACGUUAGCCCCUUGGCCUAUUCUUCUGCUGGCCUUGGGGGAAGUUGGAAGGGAGAGGUGGUCUGUACAUCGAGAUAUAAGGGACCGGUUGUACUAUAGAAUGGUCUACAUAUUCACAAAGGUGCUAUACAAUCUCCCAGCCUCUGUCUGUGUUUGGCUUGCGUACUUGGUCCCAGCCUACUCCAUGACAGGUCUGCAUAUGCAAGGAAAUGAUAUGUCAUCAUUUUAUGUAUAUGUCGGCCUCAUGUUGGUAUACCUGCUAACUCUGCAGAUGUUAAUAACAGCUCUGGGUUAUAUGUUGAAAUGGAAACACAUAGCUGCAAUUUUAGCAGGCCUGCUAGUGACUUGUCUAGCUCUUGUAUCUGGAGUUCCAGUCCAUCCUGCAGACCUCAGUGUGUGGUGUAAAUGGUUAGGAAUUGUAUCUCCUGUGAAGUGGAUACUUCCUGUACUGAUAGCCAGAGAAUACAGACCUGACGCUUUAGUAUCCAGUGCUGGGCUGUGCCGGAAUAAACAGGUCCAGCAUCAGGAUAUCAUUGUGCAAUUAACGUGUGUCCCACCCAACGGAACUGCGGCCCUUCAGUACCUUGGUCUGAUCCAAGACCCAAGGCAGCCAAGCUACAUGCCUCCUCUAGCAGUGACUGUAUUUUGGUUCCUGUGUCUUCUCAUAGCAGCUAGCUGUUUCCUUAUAUUCCGGUAUAAGCCACAGCUUCCACGCAACAACCCUAAUAAGCCAUAAGGAAACGAUAUGAAAAAUCAAAUGAUUUUGCUGGUGCCAAGAGAUGUGAAAGGAAACCGGCAAUCUUCCUGAGGGGGAGGCCCACAGAUUUGGUAUGGCUGAAGAGUAUCUGGGAGGUACAAGUGAAGGUUCUGACAAAGGGAAGAAAGAAAACUGAGACAGGUUUCUCUACAGUUGAAGCUACUUUCUUCAGUGGGUCUCCCUUCAAGGAAGAUUUUCAUUUUCCUUCAGCCUCUGAAGGACGACUUGGGACUCAAGACUCCAGGUGCGUACGGCAUUCCCUGAAAGUGUUUUCAAGUCUACAUCAGGCUAUUCCGUUAAAACCAGGGUCAAGGAACACCACCAAGACAUCCAGAUGAAUCCUCCAUGGCCAAACACUGCGCAAGCCUGGGCCAACAAAAUCCAACUCCGGGACACCAGCAUCCUGUCCGUGGACCAUAUGAUCAGGGAGGGUGUCCCCCACACUCCUCUUAAUUAGUCUGUCUUUAUGAUGAUUUGUAUUUUCAUUUAUUUGUUGUAUUGCAGUUUUGUGGUACUGAAAAGAAGAAAACCAUUGCAAACGAGUGAAACACAAACAGGACAUUGAUAAUGCAGUGUAGCAAAUUCAGGACCGUGAUAGAGACACAGAAGUUUUACAGUUAAACAAGUGCUAUGUUACAUGUCGUGCCUUCAGCUGCGUUUACAAUAAACGUAACAAGCGGUGACUGUUUGCAAGUAGUAGGUAAGUAGCUGGUAUUGCUCCAAUUGUGAUCUUGCCAUAUUUGUACAGCCUUAAAAUUGAUACUAAACACAUCAGCAGUAUGUUAUUUUAUUGUUCGCAAUAAAGUGUAUUAAGUUUUGUGGA